UUCGUUUCAUCACCAUGGACAUCAGUUCCGAACAGUGAAUCAACGGGAGUAGAGUGCCCUGGCAAGCGACCGGUGCAAUAUCUAUCGAAUCCAUUCUCAGUGAAUUUGUUCCACUUCAAGUGACUUAGAAAUGGCUUUGGAACGUCAAGUUCGUGCUAAGAUCGCCGGCAAACGUGACCUGGAGAAGGACAAGGAAGCCCAGCGAUGGAUCGAAGAAGUCAUGGAGGAGAAAUUCCCCGCUGGAGUCUUGUACGAGGAUGCCCUCCGCGAUGGUUACAUUCUGUGCAAACUGAUCAACAAGCUUGCCCCCGGAUCAAUCGCCAAGAUUAACACCUCUGGCACUCAGUUCAAAAUGAUGGAGAACAUCAACAUGUUCCAGAAUGCGAUCAAGAAAUACGGCGUUCCAGACCUGGACGUGUUCCAAACAGUGGAUCUGUACGAGAAGAAGGACAUUGCGCAGGUCACCAGCUCAAUUUUCGCACUCGCACGGGCGUGCUACAAACACCCAGAGUUCACCGGUCCCUACCUGGGCCCAAAACCGUCCGAUGAGUGCAAACGCAACUUCACCGAGGAACAGCUGAACUCCGGCCAGACCAUUAUCGGUCUGCAGGCGGGUACGAACAAGGGUGCCACCCAAGCCGGUCAGAACAUAGGUGCCGGACGCAAGAUCAUCAUCGGAAAGUGAAGACCCCAUAGACCUACCAACAACCUCCUUUUUUGUGCUUUCGUUCCCCGUUGGUCUUUGACUUCAGCUCAAUGCGCCUUUCCCAUAAAUGGAUGAGAAGAACAACAAUUUCUAACUGUUAAUAGAUAUAAUGAAAUUUCCAAUCGCGUUCAUCUCCCCUCCCCCAUCCCUGUCGACCCACAUAUGGUAUGCAGCCGGACGCAGUAUGAUGAUAUUAGAUAUAAUGUCAAAUUAUCAGUUUUAAAUUUGUCUCGUGCAUGUCGAGUACGAUUUUUGUACUUACGCGUAUUAAAAGCGAGAAGAUUUUUUCUUGUUUUCUUGAAAUUUGAAA